AUGGACUUUGAAUACAAUAUCGAGCUGGCCAUACAACCGGUGCCUGACAGAGACGACCACGAUUUCUCUAUCUAUCUGAGUUCCAAGCGUGGGGAGAAACUGUCAGACCUCGAGGAAUCGUCGCAGAAGUCUCCACCGUCAAAACAGGGAAAAUGGAAUUAUGAUUCGCGAGAGAAUACAGCCAAUCCUCAUCAUAUUAUACAACACUCGCCGAUGAAAGCCCCGGUCAUACUUAAAUUGCUCUCUGCCUUGGGUGAGUAUAUCCCCAAUAUCGGGAAGCUAAUGAAGCAAUCGACGACACGGAUUGAUUAUAGGCAGUUUGAGAAUUUGGCACUCAACAGUGAACGUAUACUUACAAUGCUGGGCGUGAAAUUGACUGUCCCCAAGGGGUUGCUUAAGGUAUUGACACCUAAACUUGUUGUAGUCGGCACUCUUGAGGAUGACGAUGACAGGGCACAGGUCAGAGUGAAGGGGUAUCUCGAGAUCGCUGCACUGUUGCAGUUCAAAGCGAUGGUAGCAAUAGGCGAUAAAAGAAUCACGAUCGACGAAUUUGAAAAACUGUUAGACACUGGUCAUGAGUUGGUUGAAUUUCGUGACAGUUUUGUAGCCAUGAACGCUCGGGAGGUCCAGAAUCUUCUGAAGGAGGCGCAUAGUGUUCAAGAAAGCGUGGAGGAACGAAUUUCACCGAUCGAGCUCCUGAAGCAGCAGUUCGGCGGAUUAAAUCGACGUGGUCUGAACAUGUUUCUGGGAGCCUCGGAACAAGAGCUCGUAGACCGCAUGUUGCGCGUGACGGAAGUCUCUGUACCCCAAGGACUGCGGGCGACACUGAGACCGUAUCAAGAACGCGGGCUGUCUUGGCUGGCCUCUAAUGCCGACAAAGUCGGUGGCUGCGUAUUGGCAGACGACAUGGGGCUGGGCAAGACUGUACAGAUCAUCGCUAUGUUGCAGCACCUUAAAUGUACUUAUGAGCUGUGCCACGAGAGGCCUGCUUUAAUAGUUGCACCGUCAUCUCUACUUACAAACUGGUCGAGAGAACUGGCGAAGUUUGCACCAUGUCUUAAUGUUCUGCUGCAUCACGGUGAUGCACGUGAUAUUUUCUUCCGAAAGACACUCAAAGCACACGAAUACAGCAAACAGAAUCCCGAUUCAGAGGCCGACUGCCAAAGUAUAUCAGAAGCAGGUGUGCAUACACGCCGCCCAACCUAUGAUAGCAAAGUGAACAUACUUUCGAAUAGCGCCUUCGUGUCGACCUCAGAUGCUACUGAACCGGCGCGUAAGAAACAGCGUCGAUCGAUUACAAGAGACACACUCAAAGCCAUCGCUGAAGAGGUCACGAAGAAAAAGGCUGCAGAUGUGAUUCUCACCUCUUACGGAACUCUGAAGGUGGAUGCAAAAAUGUUUGCGAAGCUGAACAUGUCGUUGAUGGUGAUUGAUGAGGCCCAGACUAUAAAGAACCACAAGUCCCAAAUUUCUAAGUUGUGUAAGCAGGUCAGCAAAACAGCCGCCCGCCGUGUCGCCAUGACAGGAACUCCUGUGGAGAAUCGCCUGUCGGAGCUGCACUCCAUCUUCGACUUCGCAUUGCCCGCAUAUCUAGGCACACUGAAAUCAUUCGUAGAGGACUACUCGAAGCCUAUUGAGAUCGAGAGAAACGAGGAGGUUUUGGAAAACCUCAAACGGUUGACCGACCCCUUCCUACUCCGGAGAUUGAAAACGGAUCCAGAGAUCUGUAAAGAGCUGCCACCCAAAGUGGAGCAAGUGCAAUACGCCAGUCUGAGCCCUAAGCAGGGAGCAUUGUACCAGGCUGUGACCGACGAUAUUCUAGCUAAGAUUGAGGAGGCGAAAGAGAAUGGGCUACCUGCCCCUGGUCUUGUGUUCAAGCUGCUCAUUGCCCUCAAGCAGAUUUGCAAUCAUCCUGAUAAUUACACUUCAGAAGAAAGCGUCAAGCAAGAGACGACUGAGUCCAAAAUACUACAGGAUAUCAAUACAAGUGGGACACCUGAGGUAGCCGAUUCAGGAAAGAUGCAGUUGCUGCUGGAACUCUUGCGCCCGAUUUUAGCAAGAGGUGAGAAGGUGCUGAUCUUCACCCAGUAUGUGAAGAUGGCCUAUCUGCUGAAGAAUAUGAUAGCGCGCACCCUCUACACUCGACCACUGGUAUACUCUGGUGCGCUUUCGGUGGAUAAACGCCAGCAAGUGCUCGACAAAUUUGAUAUUGAUCCUGCUAAUUCGAUUUUGAUUUUGUCGCUGAAAGCGGGUGGAGUGGGGCUGAAUCUUACCCAGGCAAAUCAUGUUAUCCACUACGAUCGAUGGUUCAAUCCGGCCGUAGAAGCUCAAGCCAGCGAUAGAGCCUUCAGAAUUGGUCAGACUAAGAGAGUGUUUGUACAUCACUUCGUAUGCCAAAACACGUUCGAAGAUAAAAUUCAUGAAAUGAUUCAACGGAAAAAGGAAUUGGCCAACUUGACGGUGACGGCGGGCGAGAAAUGGAUCGGAAACCUGCGACAUGACGAGUUGCAGGAUCUUUUCAGUCUCGCCCCAGGAAAACGAGUAAACGAUGAGCGUGGGGAUGAUGGCCAAGAUUGAGUAGAAAUUAUUCCUUCUGGACUCCUUUAAAAGUUAAAAUCGACUCAAUCCUCGGUAAUCAGGAAUGUACGGAUAGGACUCGUAACAUGUUAAGUGUAUG